CGCGGUCACACUGGUCGUAUUAAAAAUAAAAAAUAUAAAGAAUAUAAAAUAUAAAGAAAAACUACUUUCGGUGCGGUUACGGGCUACAGAAAAAGCGUCGAACAGAGCCCGAAUACGGUGUGCGGAAAAAUGAAUACAAAGUAGCAUUAAAAGUGCCGCUUUUCACCACCCGAACGCCACAGUGCGCCAUCGUUGGCACAUACAACGUAUAUCGUUAAUAAUACACAACAAAAGCAGCAGCAGCAGGCAGGCAGGCAGGGCAGCCGUGUAAAAAUAUGUACAAUAACGGGUCAACACGGGGCUUCUCCAUACACGACGCAUUCGAGGAGGAAACAGACGAGGCGAUACGCGUCUAUGGCUCCACAGUGAUAUCCACACCCAUGCGGAGCGGAAAACAAGGUCGCUCCACCGAAGAUGUAUCCAUACGCAUACAGGAUCCAAAGGGCUAUAACAAAUAUGCCGAAGACACAACCUCCAGGGACAGCGACUCGCUCAUCCAGGAGUAUGGAAAUCUGCCCACGGAGGAGACCAACACAUAUUGCUGGCGGCAUCCGAAGGUGCGCGAGAACUGGCGCACAGUGCUGGCCGCCUUCACGCUGCUGGUUGUGGGCACAGGCCUCUUUGUGAUGGGCACCUUUGCCAUUGCCGAUCCGCAGAACACAUCGCAGGGUGUUGUGUUCUUUGUCGCUGGACUCAUUUGCUUUAUACCAGGAGCCUAUCAUGUCGUCUACAUUUGGCUGGCAGCCAAAGGCUAUCGAGGGUUCGACUUCUAUCACCUGCCACUGUUCACAUAAGCAAAGCAGGAACAGCUGCGGCAGAGUGCAUUGGUUGAUCCAACAGAAAAGAGAGAGAUAAGCAGUGGGAGUGGGGAGUGGGAGAUCCCUGUCUACAAAUAUUUAUCUAUAAAUUUGUUUAUAUUUCCUGUAAGCGACUCUUUAUGUUCUAUGUCCGUGAAUAACUCUCCCCCAACUCGAUAUCGUUUUGUGUAACGUACAUUUUUUGUGUUAAGCGGCAAAAAUUAAGUUUAGGCAAAGCGAAGGAGAAACCCCUCAGAACCCGAAUCGAAAUUUAGCAAUAUAUUUAUAUAGAUGAUAUAUAUAUAUAUAUAUUUUACAAGAAAUUAUACUCAGUAAAAUGUUUUUGUACGCCCCAACCCAAAUCGAAUCGAAUCCCAGAAGAAGAAAGUGCAAAAACAAUUCAUACGUAUGUACCCUCGAAAAUUGAUUUAAGCAAAAAGAGAAGAGAUGAAAAGUAGUAGACACAAGAGAAAGACUUUGUAUAUGAUGCUAACAAGUUGAGGAAUCGCUAGAGUUAUAACAUAUAUUAUAUAUACACAUACUUAUACGUAUAUAAAUUGUAAUGUAAUUUAUUGAAAUUAAUUCGCACCAAAAAAAAAGAAGGCAAACGAUCGCGAGCAAUGUUUUACGACUUUCCAGCAAGAGAAAACAAAUGAAACUCAAACCCACGAAUCUAUGUACUAUACGAUUAGUGAGCGUCUGUCCAGGGAUGCGCCUUAAAACAACUAGAACUAGACUUUAGUCGACGUCGAAUUACGUUUAUGAUUUAGCGGACUGUAAGGCGGGAGAACUCUUAAGCAAAAUCCCCAUGAUACAAUGAUAAAUAAUACCUAGCUACUACUCGUGUUCUAGUGAUGUAAGUCGAUCGAUGCCCAUGCCCCGAUAUAUUGCAAUAUGUUCCACAGUGUGAUGACGCGACUCUACUACGCCUUUAAUCCCCCCUGAAUUCUUCAAUACCCUCACCCGUCCUCUAAUGAAAUUACAUCUCACUCACUCAGUCAUUAACAUUUCUCGAAGCUCGAACUGACACUGAAUCACCUCCUCACACACUUUAUACACCUUUACGCUUACACCUCUCAUCCGUUUAGUUCUUAAUGUUGUAUAAUUUCUUUUUUAAGAAAUGCUGAAUAUGGUUGUAUUAAUAC